AUGAAUGACCUCACAAUCUCCCCCUUCAUCGCCUCCCUUCCCAAAGUCGAGCUCCACGUCCACAUUGAAGGCACUCUCCAACCAUCUCUCCGCUGGAAACUCGCCCAACGCAACAACAUCCCGCUGCGCUUCAAGUCCCAGGAAUACACCACAUACGAACAACUCCUCGACUCCUACAACGUCACCUACAACCACCGCCCCGAGCUUGGCGGGCGCAAGAAUGUGCCGACCUUUCUAGAGGCCUAUUUCGCGGGCUGCGAGGUCCUGCGCAAAGAAGAUGACUUUUACGAGCUGGCCAUGGACUAUCUGGCGCGGUGCCAGCAGAUGAAUGUUUGCUAUGUCGAGCCCUUCUUCGACAUCCAGGCACAUACACGCCGGGGUGUGCCUGCGGAGAAUGUACUGAAUGGCUAUCUUCGCGCUCAGCGUGAUGGCGCAGCUCAAUAUGGCGUGCGGUCAAACUGGAUAUUCUGCUUCAUCCGUGACGAGCCAGUCGAGGAUGGUGAAGCCGCGUAUCUGGAGGCUCUGCCAUGGGGCAAGUCUGGACACGGCCUCUUUCAUGCAGUUGGUCUUGCCAGCAACGCGUAUGAACGGCCUCCGUCGUUGUUCAAAAAGGCCUUUGAGCGCGCCAGGGCAGACGGGCAUCACAUCACGAUGCACUGCGACUUUGGACAAAAGGACACGCACGAACACAUCCGCCAGGCCAUCUUCGAAGUGCAGACCGAAAGGAUCGACCACGGCCUUGAUGCGCUCGAUCGAGAUGAGCUAAUAGCAGGCCUCGUGGACCGAAAUAUUGGCCUGACCCUCUGCCCACACGCGUAUCAUCGACGGACGGCAACCGAGGUUCUGUUUCCAAAGCUGCGGCAGCUGCUCGACAGGGGCGUCAAGUUUUGUAUUAACAGCGAUGAUCCGGUGUAUAUGCACGAUGUCUGGAUCGAUGGCAACAUGGAAAAGGCGUAUCAUUACGGGGGGUUUACGAAGCAGGAGAUGGUGCAGCUGGCGAGAAAUGCGGUCGACAUGUGUUGGGCAGAUGAGGCGCUGAAGAGAGAGAUUUAUCAUAAGCUGGACCAGGUCGAUGUGAGUUGA